UAUGCGAUUGGGAUAUGUGCUUCACGUUCAUGUUGGCGGGCUGGGAAGGCAAAUUUUAUUUGGUUGAUGCUGGUUAUUCAUCACAAGUGGGAUAUCUUGGCCCGUACAGACGUGAGCGCUAUCACCUUCUAGACUUUAAUCGUCAGCUAGGAUUUAGAAAUGAGAAUGAGGCCUUCAAUUAUUAUCAUUCAAGUUUGAGAUGCACUAUUGAAAGAACUUUUGGGGUUUGGAAGAAUAGGUUUGCAAUCUUAAGAGACAUGCCCAGAUUCAAGUUUCAAGCACAGGUCCGCAUAGUUUGUGCAACAAUGGCUGUCCAUAAUUUUAUCAGGCAAAAUUCUCCAACUGAUGACCGCUUUAUACAAGCUGAGCGUGGAAGUAUAAUAGAUGAAGACAAUAAUCAUCCAGCUGGUGAGGCAUCCUCGUCAAGUUUAAUAUCUGCCACACAAAUGAAUCGUGUUCGUGACUCAAUUAGAGACCAAAUUGUGCAAAGCUUACGAUCUAAUUAGUUAUGUGAUUUUAUUUACUUUAAU